CCGCCGCCUUCCCGAGGUGCGCGGCGCCCCCUGCCGCCAGCCGGAGGAGCGCAGGGCCCGCUCGCAGGAGGCCGGAAACAUGGCGGGGCAGCCCGCGGCCUCAGGCUCGCAGUCUCCCGACAGGGACGGAAUGGAGCCCAACGUCGUGGCUCGGAUCUCGCAGUGGGCAGACGACCACCUGCGCCUAGUCCGGAACAUCAGCACUGGAAUGGCCAUAGCUGGAAUAAUGUUACUUCUAAGAAGCAUUCGACUGACAUCAAAAUUUACAAGCUCUUCAGACAUUCCAGUAGAAUUUAUAAGAAGAAAUGUUAAACUACGUGGACGAUUACGCCGAAUAACUGAGAAUGGUUUAGAAAUUGAACAUAUACCUAUUACUUUACCUAUUAUAGCUUCGUUGAGAAAGGAGCCAUGUGGUGCUUUGCUGGUUAAGCUGGCUGGAGUAGAACUCACUGAAACUGGGAAGGCAUGGUUACAAAAAGAGCUAAAACCGUCCCAAUUACUAUGGUUCCAACUUCUUGGAAAGGAGAAUUCAGCACUCUUUUGCUAUCUUUUAGUGAAUAAGGGUGGAUAUUUCAGCGUGAAUCUGAAUGAAGAAAUUUUGAGAAGAGGUCUUGGCAAAACUGUUCUUGUUAAAGGGCUUAAAUAUGAUUCUAAAAUCUAUUGGACAGUUCACAGAAACUUACUUAAAGCUGAAUUAACAGCCUUAAAAAAAGGAGAAGGAAUAUGGAAGGAAGACUCUGAAAAAGAAAGUUAUUUGGAAAAAUUCAAAGGUUCCUGGAGAAUAUGGAAAAAGGACAGUUUUUUAAAAACAACAGGAUCAGAUUUCAACUUGAAAAAAGAAAGUUAUUAUGACAAACUUAGAAGGACUUAUGAAAUAUGGAAAGGCAACGUGAACAACUACUCCUUAAUACUGAAGUUCAAAGAACUUAUAAGUCGCAUACACUUUCGUAGAAAAGGGUGAAACAGUUGAGAUCUAGAGGUAACCUUCUUCAAAGAGUAAAAUAUGUCAUAUAUGGACAUUUUUCAUUGACUCAAAAUGGAAGUUUUGCCAAAUAAUCAAAAUGUUAGUCUAAUGGUAUUUAAAUAUUAAAAAGAGAUGAUUAUCAUAAUGUCAGAAUGAAUUUAAACAAAUUAUAAUUAAUGUAAUAUUUUAGGAAAGAUGAAACACUUUAUGAGAAGUUACCAGGCUGAAUGAUUUAUAUAUAUAGCGCUAAUGUGUGAAGAGAAAGUUUAACUCUUCACCACUAUGUUGUUCUUAGUUAUUUGGGGCAGCCAUAUUGAAUUUUUUGUUUGUUUGUUUUGAGAUGAGGUUUCGCUAUUGUUGCCCAGGCCAGAGUGCAAUGGUGUGAUCUCGGCUCACUGCAACCUCCUGUUUCCCGGGUUCAAGCGAUUCUCCUGCCUCAGCCUCCCAAGUAGCUGGGAUUACAGGCAUGCGCCACCAUGCCCAGCUAAUUUUGUAUUUUUAGUAGAGAUGGGGUUUCUCCAUGUUAGUUAGGCUGGUCUCAAACUCCCGACCUCAGAUGAUCUGCCCACCUCGGCCUCCCAAAGUGCUGGGAUUACAGGCAUGAGCUACCAAGCCCAGCUUUUUUUGUUUUAACACGGAGUUUCGCUCUUGUCACCCAAGCUGCAGUGCAGUGGCGUGAUCUUGACUCAGUGCAACCUCUGCCUCCUGGGUUCAAGUGAUUCUUCUGCCUCAGCCACCCAAGUACCUGGGAUUACAGGAGCUCACCACGAAGCCUGGCUAAUUUUUGUAUUGCCAUAUUGAAUUUUUGUUUAAAGAAGAUACAUGUUUGUUUUUCCAGUUUUAUUACCUUUCACUAUUUAUAAUAAAGGAAUUCUUUAUGCUUUA